GCCCCCCCUGUUGCUUUAAGCAGUGCGUCCUGCCGUCCGACAGGAGGCGUGUCUCCCCUACGGCCGGAGCGCAGCGCUACCAGAUGCGAGUGCGGGGGAGCGACUCGGCUCCUCCGUGGAAACGAACCAACUUCUUUGUGCUGCUCCGGUGACUCUUCCCCGCUCCAGCUCCGAGUAAAUGGAUUUCUUCAAGCCCUGCCCUGCCUAACAUGGACGCCCCGCCACCUCCUCCUCCACCUCCUCCUCCUCCUCCUUCUUCACCAUCACCAUCAUCAUCCUCCCCAGCUGAGUCCGACGGCUGUUGUCUCUUCUUGGCGCAGUGAUCUGGACACGCAGUGAUUUUUGUUUUUGAUUUUUUUCAAAUGUUUUUUGGUUGUUUUUUCUUUUUCUUCCUCCAAAUGGACGUGGGAGACGCGCCGCUCAGCCCGCCGGUGAAAACCAUGCCGUGAUCCCGAGAGCUCACCACGAUUCACGGCACAGAGGAGACUCAGAGACUACAAGAGAAAAACAGAAACAAUCUGGGGAAUAUACCGAGUCAGGGAAUUAAAAACCAAGCACCAUGAAGACUCCCUCCCGGCUGGUCUUGAAGGCGAGAUGGAGGGGCUCCGUCAGGCUGCUGCUGCUGCUUUUCCACUGUGUGGGAUUUAGUCAUGGGAUGCCACACGUCCUGAGAUUCGGGGGAAUAUUCGAGUCCGUUGAGAGUGGCCCGUCGGGAGCGGAGGAAUUAGCCUUUAAAUUUGCUUUAAACACAAUCAACAGGAACAGAACCCUACUGCCAAACACCACGCUCACCUACGACAUCCAAAGGAUAAACAUCUACGACAGCUUCGAAGCCUCCAGGAAAGCCUGCGACCAGCUUUCCCUCGGAGUGGCAGCCAUCUUUGGUCCCUCACACAGCUCGUCUGCCAACGCUGUCCAGUCCAUCUGCAACGCCCUGGGCGUCCCGCACAUCCAGACCAAGUGGAAGCACCAAGUGUCGGACAACAGAGACGUCUUCUACGUCAGCCUGUACCCGGACUUCUCCUCCCUCAGCCGGGCCAUCCUGGACCUGGUCCACUUCUUCAGGUGGAAGACGGUCACCGUGGUCUACGAUGACAGCACCGGUCUGAUUCGCUUGCAAGAACUUAUAAAGGCGCCGUCCCGCUACAACAUCCGCUUAAAGAUCCGGCAGCUGCCGGCGGAGACCAAGGACGCCAAGCCGCUGCUGAAGGAGAUGAAGAGGGGGAAGGAGUUCCACAUCAUCUUCGACUGCGGCCACGAGAUGGCGGCCGGGAUCCUGAAGCAGGCCCUCGCCAUGGGGAUGAUGACGGAGUAUUAUCACUAUAUCUUCACCACGCUGGACCUGUUCGCCCUGGACGUGGAGCCGUACCGGUACAGCGGCGUCAACAUGACGGGCUUCAGGAUCCUCAACACCGAGAACAGCCAGGUGGCCUCCAUCAUCGAGAAGUGGUCCAUGGAGCGACUGCAGGCCCCGCCGAAGCCUGACUCUGGUCUACUGGACGGCUUCAUGACCACGGACGCCGCGCUGAUGUACGAUGCCGUGCACGUGGUGGCCGUGGCUGUGCAGCAGUCUCAGCAGAUCACCGUCAGCUCAUUGCAGUGCAACCGACACAAGCCCUGGCGCUUCGGGAACCGCUUCAUGGCCCUCAUCAAAGAGGCUCACUGGGACGGCCUGACCGGGAGGAUCACCUUCAACCGCACCAACGGCCUGAGAACCGACUUCGACCUGGACGUCAUCAGCCUGAAGGAGGAGGGGCUGGAGAAGAUCGGCACCUGGGACCCUCCCAGUGGCUUAAACAUGACGGAGAACCAGAAGGGGAAGACCACCAACGUGUCCGACUCCCUGUCCAAUCGGUCCCUGGUCGUCUCCACCAUACUGGAGGAGCCCUACGUGAUGUUCAAGAAGUCGGACAAGCCGCUGUACGGGAACGACCGCUUCGAGGGCUACUGCAUAGACCUGCUGCGGGAGCUGGCCAACAUCCUGGGCUUCACCUACGAGGUGCGCCUGGUGGAGGACGGGCGCUACGGCGCCCAGGACGAGAACACGGGCCAGUGGAACGGCAUGGUGAAGGAGCUGAUGGACCACAGAGCUGAUCUGGCAGUGGCUCCCCUCGCCAUCACAUACGUGCGCGAGAAGGUGAUCGACUUCUCCAAGCCCUUCAUGACGCUGGGUAUAAGUAUUCUGUACCGCAAGCCCAACGGGACCAACCCUGGGGUCUUCUCCUUCCUCAACCCCCUCUCGCCCGAUAUCUGGAUGUAUAUUCUGCUGGCUUACUUGGGUGUCAGUUGUGUGCUGUUUGUCAUAGCCAGGUUUAGUCCCUACGAGUGGUAUAACCCCCACCCGUGCAACCCCGACUCGGAUGUAGUGGAAAACAAUUUCACCCUGCUAAAUAGUUUCUGGUUCGGAGUUGGAGCUCUCAUGCAGCAAGGAUCUGAGCUCAUGCCGAAAGCCCUCUCCACCAGAAUUGUAGGAGGAAUCUGGUGGUUUUUCACGCUCAUCAUCAUCUCCUCCUACACCGCCAACCUGGCGGCCUUCCUCACCGUGGAGAGGAUGGAGUCGCCCAUCGACUCCGCCGACGACCUGGCCAAGCAGACCAAGAUCGAGUACGGAGUGGUGGAAGACGGCGCCACCAUGACCUUCUUCAAGAAAACCAAGAUCUCCACGUACGACAAGAUGUGGGAGUUCAUGAGCAGCCGCCGGCACUCGGUGAUGGUGAAGAACGUGGAGGAGGGCAUUCACCGCGUGCUCACCUCGGACUACGCCUUCCUCAUGGAGUCCACCACCAUCGAGUUCGUCACGCAGCGCAACUGCAACCUGACGCAGAUCGGAGGGCUCAUCGACUCCAAGGCCUACGGCGUCGGCACGCCCAUGGGCUCUCCGUACAGAGAUAAGAUCACUAUUGCCAUCCUGCAGCUGCAGGAGGAGGGCAAGCUGCACAUGAUGAAGGAGAAGUGGUGGCGGGGCAACGGCUGCCCGGAGGAGGAGAGCAAGGAGGCCAGCGCCCUGGGCGUGCAGAACAUCGGCGGCAUCUUCAUCGUGCUGGCGGCCGGACUGGUCCUGUCCGUCUUCGUGGCGGUGGGGGAGUUCCUCUACAAGUCCAAGCAGAACGCACAGCUGGAGAAGGCCCAAUGGCGACAACGAGAUAAGAAACAGGUCCUUCUGCAGUGCCAUGGUGGACGAGCUCCGGGUUUCCCUCAAGUGCCAGCGCCGGCUCAAACACAAGCCCCAGCCGCCGGUCAUGGUGAAGACAGAGGAGGUCAUCAACAUGCACACUUUCAACGACCGACGACUGCCAGGGAAAGAAACCAUGGCCUGACAUGGGAGUCGCAAUCUCUCUCUCACCCUCUCUUGUGUACUGAGGUGGUGUGCAAAGACUCCGGGGAAAAGGUCUUGGGUAAAUGGUGAGGCGGGGGGCGGUGGGGUGUCGCGGACGGCAGUUGUGGGGUUACUCUGAAGAUAGAGCAGAUUUGUUUUGCAGUAUACUGAUAUGUCAUUCUUGUUUCUUUAUUAUUAGCUAGGGAUAAGAGAUUCAACAAUAUUUCCUGUGGAAAUAACUUGAACCUGGGUGAAAUUUCAGCGAGUUACCUCAUUUACUCUUACCACCUUGGCAAGGAAGUGAACUACAGGUGCCAGGUUUUCUGAACCCAGGAGUCGAAAGGAGAUGGUCUGGAAUCGAGCUUAAACGUGGGACGGAGGUGCAAAGGUGGUCCCGCAGUGAAAAAGGAGCGGCCCUUUCGUCUUUGGCUGCUGUCCACUCAGCCUUUUACCGCAUAGUUCAAGCAGAGGCUGGCUGGGCAGCACCAGCAGCCUCCGGGGAGCCGGAGUGGAUCGGCAGAUGCUAGAACUGUGCGACUCGGGGAGACGGUGUGUAAAGGUUUGUUUAUUUUCAAAUGUUGUGAAUAGAAAUGACCACACAGUCUCUCGACUUAAUCAAACCCAAACACUGAAGACCACGGCGAGCCCAGCGCUCCCCAACUGUACAGAGAGGCAUUGCUUAGUCAACAUAUGAUAUUGAUUGACAUCGAAAAUGGAUAUACUGUAUAUCAUCCAUCAGGCAAUAAGUGAUAUCAUUUAUUUGUGUUUCAGAGUACUAACACUUUUAGUCUUUAUUAAGGGGGCGGGGGGGUCGGGGGAGAUUUUAGAAGCUAUAUGAUGACAUUCUUGCAGAGUCUGCAGUAGUUGGGGCAAUAUAGCGAGCUGUUGAUGUCCAUGUUUCAGCCAGUAGUCACAAAGAGGAUCUUAUGGAGGAACACACUCCGAGGGGUUUUUUCAGACGGCGAGUGUUUGUUUCCAUUGUGGCGUCCGUGGUUCAAGGAGCCUCUGCAGCCUUCACUUCUAGAAACACACUCAUGCUGUUAUCACACAACGUCAUCCAUUCACAAGAACUGACUCACCACCGUCGAUCUGUCAUACGAUCAAUCAGCCAGUGUCCACGAAACGAAGAACAUGGCGCUGUGGAAGCUCACCGUGACGACAGGAACUUACAGGGAC